CAACCUAUAGCAUAUAGUAUCAAUAUUGAUAAAUGUCCAUAACCAGAACAGGAAAAAAAAUAUGUUAUUGUAUUGUGGAUAACUUAUAAUAAUAAUUAAGGAAAAUAACUAAAUACUGGUCAUAUAAACCAUGAUGUAGUUAUUUAUAGCUUACAGCAAGUUAAUAAGUCAAAUGGGUUGGUGUCCAGCAAACAGUAAAGUGGAAGCAGGUUGGGUGGUGUUGUUGGUGGUGGUGCUGUGCUGGUGCAUGGUGUUGGCACACGCCGCGCCCGCGCAGCUGUGCACGGCCAGCUCUGAGAGCGACACGCGCGCGGCACGCUUCUGCCAGGCACUCAACACCUUCCUAGAGCAGUCUGCCAAGCACUCAACACACUCUGACGCGGCGAGCAAGCAGGCAGUAGUAUCAAGGUCUCCAUCAUUAACAAGUUAAAACAUACCUAACAGUCAUUUGAUCAAUCAGUCCAGAGACUGAUCUCCAGAAGACUCAGGAAAAAGAAAAGAAUAACAACCAAUUUUUAGCUUUAUGGGAAUUAAUGUAACAUAUAUUUUUCAUUACUUUUCCUCAAAAACGCACUCAUAUUAUCAUUGCUUAGCAGGAUUAAACAACCAUUUUAGACUCUAA